AUGCCCGAAAGUAGGGGAAGCCAAAGAAAUAAGAAGAAGCUGGAAGAAGUGCGGCUGCAGGGAAACGAAUAUGAACACAAAGACGAAAUUAGGUUAGUCAUAGCCGCGAAAUGAGCCGCUUUCGACAAAACGACGGCACAGGAAUUCCAUUUCUGGCAGUUUUUUCCAGUGGGCGGCAGAGUGCUAGCGUCAUUUGGCUCCGUUUUACUGGCGACCGAGUCUCGAAUUCUUCGGCCACACCGACGGGAAAACCGAAACUUGAAACGAGUGUCCUCAUGUUCCCAUAUCGUGCGAAAACCACUAUCUUAUUGGCGCGAAGGCUCUUCCGAGCUUCAGGAAGUUUGUGUGUCCUUACGGUUCGUAAAUACGCUGCUUAACCAUAUACCUAGCGCCCCUAGAAAUGUUAUUCAAAUGACCCAAUCCCCAGAAUUUACGCAAAUCAUCAAAAAAUUAUUCAACAUAACAGAUAUCGAAACUUUUCGGAAAAAGAAUCAGGGCCGCCCUGACGUUGGCUUUCAAAAACUAACACUUUUUUUACAGAAAGAUUUUUUGUAUAAAGCUUUGAAAUUAUAGAUGAAUAUAUCCCCUAGAAGUCUCAUAAAGCUUCCUUUUUAAAUGAAAAUCUAAUUUCUAGUUGACAAAUACGAAUUCACAUAUCCCGAAAAAUAAUCAAAAGUCUCUAUGAAGAUUCGAAGCAGGUGUGAAAAGAUUUUAACUUGCGUGACGUGAAUGAUCUAACACCCUUUUUAAGUUCUAGUAGGAUUCAAGUAAUAUAUUCGCUUGAAACUCAAUAAACUAUUUGAAGACAUAGGUUGGAGUCUAACUUUUAGGUAAUGUUUAAAUGUGAGCACAAGCUGAUGAAAUAAUGGGAAGUUAGAAAAGAGAGCCUAAUAAACCAGUAAAAAAAAGUUCUGCAACGAUCAAAUUCUUGGCGGCUUUUUCAUGCGUCAACGCUACAACGAACACAAAAGAAAACUUUUAGAUCUGAAACGCGCGAAUUGGCGUAGGCUGCGAUGAAACAUAUCUCAAUUCAAGUGACUUAAGAGAAUGGCUUGAAAAAUAUACAUAGGGCAAUUCUGGGUGUGGCGUAGGUGAAAAGCAGGUUGAAGAAUUGCACGCGAACGACUGGCUCGACGGGAAUAAUUGGACCUCUGACUCUCCUUUCCUUCCUCCCAUUGUCGUUGAGGACAAGUCGCCAAAAUACUUGUGA